AUGGCAACUAUAGAGAGGUGCCAGUAUAAAUGAAGCGUUGGUGGCACUGUGCCAUCUCUUGGACGGCUGAAUCUUCAGCCAUCAUUCACAAAGACACAGCCCCCGUCUCCCGCCCUCUACUGAGAUGUUUCGCUUGGCGGCUGUUGCCAGAUUGGCGCCAUGUAUAUCUAUGAAGCGCGGAGUUGCCACGGCAACCAAGGCCACUACUCUGGGCGUCGUGGGAUGCGGCAAUGUUGGGCAGGCGGUGACCCAUAAUCUAGUGCGGAAAGGGUUCAGGGUGGUGGGGGCGUAUGACCCUGACCCCGCCCGCCUGGCUGACCUGCCACCAGGGGUCCCCGCCCUCUCCUGCGCCAGGGAGGUCGCGGAAGCCGCCCAAGUGGUCAUUACAGGUCUCCCUCGGCCACCGAACGUCAAGGCGGCAGCAGAAGGCCCUGAGGGCAUCUUGGCCGGCCUCAGCGAGGGUAAAGUGUGGAUUGACCACUCUACCACCGACUCUGAACAGACCAAGAGGUACUGUGAAGAGGCCCUGGCGACAGGGGCCCACGUGCUGGAGGCCCCGAUCACAGGGGGCCUAGAGGCGCUGAAGAAGGGCCAGAUGGUGGUCUAUCUUGCCGGCGAGAGGUCCGUGGCUGAGGCCAUGAAGCCCAUAUUGGAGGCAUCGUACCUCGAAGUUCUCUAUAUUGGCGAGGUGGGGACAGCCAUGUUGGUGAAGGUGGUCUCCAACAUGCUGGCAUGCGUUCACGUCAUUGCCAUGGGGGAGGUCCUCAUGCUCGCUAAACGAGCCAAUCUGGACCUGAAGGUGUUCUGGGAGGCGAUCCGUCUGAGCGCCGGCAACAGCUUCGUGUGGGAGACGGGAGCGCCAGUGGUGUUCACAGGCUCCUAUGAUCCUGGCUUCUCCUUGGCUCUUCAAAACAAGGAUCUUCAACUAGGAUAUGACAUGGCCAGGAAGUACGAGGCACCCAUGGACAUACAUCAAGCUACCCUGGCCAUCUACCGGAGGACCCAGUACCAGAUGGGAGCCGAGGCUGGCUGCUACUCCCCGCCCAAGAUCCUCGAACUCGCUCUGGGAGAGAGCCUCAACAUCCCUAACUUUAAGAACUGGAGCUACGACAACGAAAUCUACAAGGGGUCGGUCGUAGUUUCCCACAACGGUGUGGAGUAGCUGGGAUUUUCAAGAGCUGUGUUCAGGCCCUAAUGAUCGAAGUGCAGCUGUAGUGGCUUCAGGGAUUUUCUUAGUUCUGUUUGCAGAUUCUCAGAAGUUUACAAAAUCGUAGAAUACUUGUUGUCCACAAGGACUUGCUUGUAGCGGGCCAGAAUACCACUAAGUAAUUGAAGUCUACAAGUGACUCGUUUAUUGUUAUAAUGGUUGAACUCACAGAUAGCAAACUUACUAUGCAAACAGCACUAUAGUUCAAAUGAUUGUACGCACAAUCAACACAUCCUCAUAUUUGUACUAUGUAUGUAUACAUAAAUAUAUAUAUUGAGCAAUC